AUGGAGUCAAAGGGCAUUCUACCAUUUAGUGUUACUUUGAACAUCUUGAUCAAUUGUUAUGGCCAUGCAGGUCAGAUGGGUUUUGCACUCUUGGUAAUAGUUGCAAAAGGAUUUUGGUUUGAUGAAGUUAUGUACGAAACCUUAAUCAAUGGGCUGUGUAAGUCUGGAGAAACAAGAGUUGCUCUCCAAAGGCUUUGGAAAAUGGAGGGUCAGUUUGUUAAGGCGAAUCUUGUAAUGUACAAUAUUGUUGUUGAUGGUUUGUGCAAAGGUGGACUUUUGAAUGAUGCACUGGAUUUAUAUUUUAAUAUGCUUGGUCGGGAAAUUUCCCCUGAUAUUGUUACUUACACUUCAAUAAUAUAUGGUUUUUGUCAUGUGAGCCAAUGGAAAGAAGCUGGAUUAUUGCUGAAUGAGAUUUUUGUUAAAGACAUCAGCCUAUAUGUGUAUACCUUUAACAUAAUAAUUGAUGCAUUAUGCAAAGAAGAGAUGCUAUUACAAGCCCACGAUUUGUGCGAUGUGAUGAUUCUAAGGGGCCAGCAACCAAACAUUAUUACUUACACAAUUUUGAUAAAUGGAUAUUGUUUGAACAAUAAAGUUGAUGAUGCAAGAAACUUAUUUGAUAUGAUUAACAGAGUGGAUAAGGCCAUGAAUUUGAGGAAAGAUAUGUUUCUUAAGAACAUAGUUCCAAACAUUGUAACUUACAAUUCUCUAGUUGAUAGCUUGUGCAAAGCUGGUAGAAUCUCGUCUGCAUGGGAGAUUGUUAAUAAAAUGCAUUAUUGCGGUCAACCAUUCCCUGAUGUAAACACUUAUAAUAUCCUUUUAGAUUUCGUGUGCAAAAACCAGCAUCUUGAUGAGGCAAUUGCAUUAUUUAAAAGUCUCAUCUAUGAAAGAAGUUUUGUUCCAAAUGUUUGGAGUUACAAUAUCUUGAUUAGUGGUUAUUACAAGAAUAAAAGAUUUGAUGAAGCCAUGAAGCUUUUCCUAUAUAUGUGUUCCAAGAAUUUGGAUCCAAAUAUUGAAACUUACAAUAUAUUAUUACACGCAUUAUACGACAAGCAGCAACUUGGCAAGGUAGCUAAACGGUUUCAGGCAAUACUGAUAAUCAUAGAGUGGAGAAUUGUGUUUUGUGAAGUAUCAUCAGUUUUUAUGUUAAGAGGAUAUGUUGUAUGCAACGAGCCGCUUCCAUCACGAGACGCUUACAAAUUUGAUAAUCUUGAAGAUGCUGUAGCUUUAUUUAAUUGCAAGGUUGAUAUGCAUCCGCAGCCAUCGAUUGUGGAAUUAACCAAAAUCUUGGGAACGAUUAUGGAGUCAAAGGGCAUUCUACCAUUUAGUGUUACUUUGAACAUCUUGAUCAAUUGUUAUGGCCAUGCAGGUCAGAUGGGUUUUGCACUCUUGGUAAUAGUUGCAAAAGGAUUUUGGUUUGAUGAAGUUAUGUACGAAACCUUAAUCAAUGGGCUGUGUAAGUCUGGAGAAACAAGAGUUGCUCUCCAAAGGCUUUGGAAAAUGGAGGGUCAGUUUGUUAAGGCGAAUCUUGUAAUGUACAAUAUUGUUGUUGAUGGUUUGUGCAAAGGUGGACUUUUGAAUGAUGCACUGGAUUUAUAUUUUAAUAUGCUUGGUCGGGAAAUUUCCCCUGAUAUUGUUACUUACACUUCAAUAAUAUAUGGUUUUUGUCAUGUGAGCCAAUGGAAAGAAGCUGGAUUAUUGCUGAAUGAGAUUUUUGUUAAAGACAUCAGCCUAUAUGUGUAUACCUUUAACAUAAUAAUUGAUGCAUUAUGCAAAGAAGAGAUGCUAUUACAAGCCCACGAUUUGUGCGAUGUGAUGAUUCUAAGGGGCCAGCAACCAAACAUUAUUACUUACACAAUUUUGAUAAAUGGAUAUUGUUUGAACAAUAAAGUUGAUGAUGCAAGAAACUUAUUUGAUAUGAUUAACAGAGUGGAUAAGGCCAUGAAUUUGAGGAAAGAUAUGUUUCUUAAGAACAUAGUUCCAAACAUUGUAACUUACAAUUCUCUAGUUGAUAGCUUGUGCAAAGCUGGUAGAAUCUCGUCUGCAUGGGAGAUUGUUAAUAAAAUGCAUUAUUGCGGUCAACCAUUCCCUGAUGUAAACACUUAUAAUAUCCUUUUAGAUUUCGUGUGCAAAAACCAGCAUCUUGAUGAGGCAAUUGCAUUAUUUAAAAGUCUCAUCUAUGAAAGAAGUUUUGUUCCAAAUGUUUGGAGUUACAAUAUCUUGAUUAGUGGUUAUUACAAGAAUAAAAGAUUUGAUGAAGCCAUGAAGCUUUUCCUAUAUAUGUGUUCCAAGAAUUUGGAUCCAAAUAUUGAAACUUACAAUAUAUUAUUACACGCAUUAUACGACAAGCAGCAACUUGGCAAGGCAAUUAUACUAUUAAACCAAAUUGUUGAUGAUGAUAUUUGUCCUAAUUUUCGUUUGGUUACUUCAAUUUUGUCUAAUGUACCAAGCACAAAAAAGUCCUCUAAUUCAUCCUUUAUGAUUUCCCUCACAUCAUUGGUGCGCAAACUGAGUACACAAGAGGCAGAAACAACUUACUCCGGUAAAAAAAUCCCAGGAAUGCUGAAUUUGUUGGCAAUGUGGAUUGUAUAUGGCAAACACGUAUCAGAAACUAUGCAGCUCGACAGCGACACCAACUCUUCGAAAAGCUUCUCCACCGGUUCCCACAAAAAUGCUUGUCGCAUUCAACAAAUUAAUGGCAUUGCCAAGUGA